AUGGUUUAUGAAAAAGAAGCUCACAUCGCAAGAAUCGCAGUGCAAAAGGCUGCUUUGCUCACACGCUCAAUCUCUUCUCAAAUCCUUCAAAAUAAAUCAUCUUCAACUAUAACUAAAUUAGACAAGUCCCCAGUGACAAUUGGUGAUUUUUCAGCUCAAGCAAUCAUUAUAAAUGCCAUAAAGGCAAAUUUCCCAUCGGAUGAAAUCAUUGGUGAAGAAGACUCGAAUGAUUUGAAGGAAAAUCCAUCAUUAGCUUCAAAAAUAUCGGAUGCCUUACAAGCAAAUGAUGUUGAAUUUAAUAAAAUUGGUUAUACUAAUGUUUCAUUAGGUUCAAAAUUCGAGUCAGUGGAACAAAUAAGUUCAAUCAUUGACCAAGGGAAUUCUCAAGGUGGUAAUAAAGGUAGGUUUUGGGCAUUGGAUCCAAUUGAUGGUACUAAAGGGUUUUUAAGAGGUGAUCAAUAUGCUGUUUGUCUUGCACUGAUUGAAGAUGGUAUUGUUAAAUUAGGUGUUAUCGGUUGUCCAAACUUACCUGAUAAUUUCGAAUCACCAAAUUAUAAAGGUGGGUUAUUCACUGCUGUUAAAGGUCAAGGCUCUUGGUAUUCAAAAUUAUAUGAUCAUAAAGUUGAUCAAGAUUUUACAAAAGAUUUGAAAAUUUCAAUGAAGAAUGAAUUGGCCUCAUCAUCUGAAAUCAAAGUUUGUGAAGGUGUUGAAAAAGGUCAUAGUUCUCAUGAUGAUCAAUUGAAAAUUAAACAAUAUUUAGGAAUCCCUGUUGAUCAAACAUUGAAUUUGGAUUCACAAGUUAAAUAUUGUGCAUUAUCAAAAGGUUCAGCUGAAUUGUAUUUAAGAUUACCAGUUAGUGCUUCAUAUCAAGAGAAAAUAUGGGAUCAUGCUGCUGGUAACAUUUUGAUUACUGAAAGUGGUGGUAUUGUUACAGAUAUGACUGGUAAAACAUUAAAUUUUGGUGAAGGUAGAAUUCUACAUAGUUCUGGUGUUAUUGCAGGUUCAAAACAAUUCCAAGGUAAAGUUAUUGAAGCUAUAAAAGAAACAAUUUUGAAGAAAAAUUAG